AAAUUAGGCUUGUUUUGCAGCCAUAAGACCUGUGCCUUGUCGACAUGAAGAUGACCUUGGCCCUCCUCUGUAUACUAACAGAUUUACUUAAAUGUGACUGUUAAAACCAUUAACAGAGCUUUAUAUGAACAACUAGUAUGAUGGUAGAAAAAGCAACAACAAAAAAAAAAAGAAAAAGGUGAGAGAAUAUAACAAUGCACUGAGACUCCAACAAAGACGUCUGUCUUCAUUUUGCACGGUUUGGGUUAUGUGUCAGAAUGGAGAUGUACUGUUACUGUACAUCCUGUAUGGAUGCCUCAUGAACAACCACACACUAAAAUAAAGGACCGAUUCAAACUAAUAAAGCUGUACAUUUGUCUCAAUUAGCCCCGAGCUGCAGUGAAAGUAAUUAAAAAGCCGCCUGCAUCCCUGAGAUGCUUCCACUGAGACGUGUUGGGAUGCUCAUCCAGCGCUGCGCCGUUGUUCCCCUCAUGCGGCUGCCGUGGUGACUGUAGCACAGACAUGAUCAGAUUGGAGAUGUGAGCUCACACAAAAAGACCUGACAGCAGCUCCUGCUCUGGGCUGCAGGAUUUAGAUUAUUGAUGCUGGCUUUGGACUGCUCUGAUAACUGGAAUCCCUGGGCUCUUUUAAUCCAUCCACACUCCGGUGUAGGUCCUGACAUGGAGGAAUGUUAUGGUGGGACAUGACUGCUUCAGCGGAUCAAAUAUGGGCAGAUGAGACGGCUGAAAAGCUACAGAGUAACAAGGAGCAAUAAAAACAAGAUGCGAUGUGUUGGUAGAUCGAACCAGAUUUUGUGUAAAAUGACCCGUUCCAGCAAAGGGCAGUAACCUGGCUGCCCGCUGAGCCAUUCCUCCCUCCUGCAACACAUUGCAGGGCGGCGCCGCUCUCUGACGGACAGUCCCCGGGACGAACCGAAGCCCGCAUCUUCCCGGGACUCCUCCAAUCCCAUCAUCCAGGGCGGGGUCCUGGACAGAGAAAGAGAACGAGAGAGAACCCCCCCCCCUAAAAUAUGACAUCUAGGUUGCGGCGAAGCUGGGAGCGAAAGGGACCCAGAGAGGAAAAAGAAGUAAAAGCCGGAGAGGAGGCUUUAACUAGAGUUCCACUAGAAAAAGCGCUUCAGACCAUCCAGGUUCUGGACGGACUUUUUUCUUUAUGUCCUUUUUUAGAAAUGUAGUUGGAUAAUUGAGAGGAAAGCCAAGCCUCACUAGUUGAUGAGAGAUCAGUUUCCUGAGAUCCGCAGCGCGCCGCAGCUGGUCGGGCUGCACAGCCGAACUCAGCAACUGUUUCCCCGCUUCUAACCGCAGCCGCCCCUCUGCCUCAGCCCCGAGAUGUGCGACCUCAUGCCGGCCUCCCAGCCCGCAGAGAAGAUGGGCAAGAUGAAAAAGUUGAGGAGAACUUUGUCGGAGAGUUUCAGAAGUAUCUCUUUCAAGAAGGAAGACAGCAGCUUUGAUGAGAUAUGUGUCACAAAGAUGUCCACACGCGGCUGCCAGGGAACAGACUCGGUCAUCAAGCCCCUGGACACCAUCCCUGAGGACAAGAAGGUGAGAGUUCAGCGCACGCAGAGCGGCUUCGACCCAUUCGAGAAGCCCACCAGCCAGGUGAAGAGGGUCCAUUCGGAGAACAAUGCUUGCAUUAAUGCCAAGAGCUCGUCUUCUGGCAAAGAGUCGCCGAAACUGCGCCGGCACUCCAGUCCGAGUUCUCCUACAAGCCCCAAAUUUGGAAAGGCAGACUCAUAUGAAAAGCUGGAAAAGCUGGGAGAGGGCUCAUAUGCAACAGUUUACAAGGGAAAGAGCAAGGUGAACGGGAAGCUGGUGGCUCUGAAAGUGAUCCGUCUGCAGGAGGAGGAAGGAACACCCUUCACGGCCAUAAGGGAAGCGUCUCUUCUGAAAGGCUUGAAGCACGCCAACAUCGUUCUCCUCCAUGACAUCAUUCACACCAAGGAAACCCUGACACUGGUCUUUGAAUAUGUGCACACAGACCUGUGUCAGUACAUGGACAAACAUCCUGGUGGUCUCCACCCAGACAACGUGAAGCUCUUCCUGUACCAGUUGUUGAGAGGCCUGUCUUACAUUCACCAGAGGUACAUUCUUCACCGUGACCUGAAACCUCAAAACCUGCUCAUCAGCGACACCGGAGAGCUAAAACUUGCUGACUUUGGCCUUGCCAGGGCCAAGUCAGUCCCCAGCCACACCUACUCCAAUGAGGUGGUGACCCUGUGGUACCGGCCUCCAGAUGUCCUGCUGGGAUCUACCGACUACUCCACCUGCCUGGACAUGUGGGGAGUGGGCUGCAUUUUCAUUGAGAUGAUCCAAGGAGUUGCUGCCUUUCCUGGAAUGAAGGACAUUCAGGACCAGCUGGAGAGGAUAUUCCUGGUUCUUGGAACUCCAUCUGAGGAAACGUGGCCUGGCGUUAACUCCUUGCCUCAUUUUAAACCAGAACGCUUUACAGUGUACAGCGCCAAGAAGCUCAGACAAGCCUGGAAUAAGUUGGGCUAUGUGGACCAUGCUGAGGAAUUGGCCUCCAGGUUCCUCCAGUGCUUCCCAAAGAACCGUCUGUCAGCGCAGGCAGCCCUGAACCAUGAAUACUUCAGCAGCCUUCCUCCACGGCUCUGGGAGCUGCAGGACAUGUCUUCUAUCUUCACUGUACCAAAUGUCAAGCUGCAGACAGAGAGCGGGGACAGCAUACAGGUGUGUGCACGGAAGAACAGCCAUGGAAAGGCAUCGUCUGGCAGCAAGCACUGACCUGAGGCAGCAUCCUGCAUAUGACUGCCUGACAGGUGGCUGCUGUGAAAAAAGAAAACAUGAAGAUAAAGAUGGUGAUAUUGAGAAGAGCCCCAGUUCUCUUUAUUUAUUACCUUCACAAAAUGUAUUUCUGUGUGUGUGCGUGUGUGUGUGUGUGUGUGUGAGUGCGUGCGUGCAUGCGUGUGUGUGUGCAUGGUGAAUGCAUGCAUGAGAAGGUGAGUGAGAAGGUGUGCAUUUUGAAUGGUACCUAAGAUUUCAAGCUAUUAUUUACAAGCUUUGUUUACUUUUUAUAAGGUUCCAAUAACUCAUUAAUCAAUGUCACAGUAGAAACAAACAGACUUUACUAUCGCUACAUAUUGUGUUCUGUGUUUGUAACUAGCCUCCUAUUUAUGAAUGUAUAUUUGUAUGUAUGAUAUAAUCAUCUAGAAACUAUAUAAUGGACAGUUUUAUUAUUAUUGCUUGUUACCACUAAACUGCUCUCACAAGGUAUAAUUUCCCUGGAGAAACCCAUGUAGGGGAGACACAGUACAGGUAUGUUGAAGACAACAGGAAGUCCUAAGGAUUUUGAUUUACUUCUGUCCAAGUCAACUCUGAUUUGUGGCACUUUGUGGAAAAAAUAUGCUUAAACAAGUUGAGGAGGAGAGCUUUCAGGUGAUGCAACAUGUCCUCUGGCAGCCACAUUGGAGGUCCUUCAUUGUUUGGUAUUUCAGGUCUACAUGCUUUAAAAGUUACCUAUUCCGUGAUGAUGUUAUGAAUCCCUCUUGCCUCUGUCUUUAAUACUUUGGAAAGAAAAUAUCUUUAAGCACUGAGGUUCACAGGAAAAGGUUAAAGUGAAAUGCAGUGGCAGCCGUGUACAGACUCAUUCAUCCUUGCCACAGUAAAACUGAGAAAUAUUCCGGAAGAUAAGUCCAAAUUUUGCUUUAUGCUAUUUUGCGGUGUGACAUGACAUUAUCAAAAAAAAGGUGGCCAGGUCUUUUAAGCAAGUUAGUAAAGGUGCUGCUCUUUGUAUCAGAUAACUCUUCCAAAAAAUAUGAUGUGAAAAACAUGUGGCCUUAUGUUCAAAGAGUUGCACGGAUUUCCCACGAUGGGUUUCCCACUGAACCAGGGUGUAUGCUUAAAUCCAGAAAUGGUGUACCAGCAAACAAAUCCAGAUUUCUGAAACGUGCUUAAAUUUAAUACAUACGCUCAAAGUUCUUUGUACAUCCCAGUCAACCUUAAAGUAUUUAUGAGGGAAUACCAGACUCCUCCCAAAACACGCUCAUGUGAACAUACAAAUAGUUAUAUUUGGCCUGCAGGUAGCAUUCUUCUCCUAAAGUAGGUAGAUGCACAUAGAAACACAAAUUGGACAAGUCAUGAUAUUUUAUUUACAAAAUCUGUUACUGUUUACAGUAACUGGAUCACACUUGCUGUUAUUGUAAAUUAAUGCAGAACUGUGGCGAGGAAGGGGUUGAGGCCAAGUACAACUGUAAACACAGAGGCCACUCAGGGAAUAAGGUUGGAUAAAUGUCGCUCUACUAAAGCUUAUACAUGAUGCAUGGUAGCACCAGUAUGUUUAAAAAUCAUCAGGCUUGGGCAGAGGCUAUAGUCUUCGGUGCGGCUGUCCCGGGUUAGAGUCCUGAACCCGAUGACCUAUCCGAAUGUCUCUCCCUCUCUUCGCCCCUCUUUCAUGUUUACCUACUACCGAAAAAUAAAGUCCGCUAGUGGCAUAAAAAAAAAUCUUUGAGAAGACUGAUUGGGCUUCUGUUCCAGGUCGGCCUUGUCAGAUGGAAGGGAUCAUCAGCCAUUGGUCGCGCAGGUGCUGUCUGCCCAUGGAGUUAGCUCUGAGCAGACAGCACAAAGGUUCUUAAUUGUUUGGCUUUUUCCUCUCUUGGAAUUCAGAAUUGUAAAUAAUUCAAAAAUCUUUCUAAAUGAUUAAAGAAGAUUUUGGUGAAUAAACUAACAACCGUAUUUAACUAAUCCUUGAAGAAAAAUGAUAAUUUGACAUAUAUUGACACUGUUUACAUUUUAGUUAAUGUUUUAAACUUUUAAUCAUAUUUAACAGUCAUUGCAUUUUGAUAACCUCAGAAGCACAGCAUAUGGAAUAAUAUGAUAAUUUAAUUACAUCUAAUAUGUCCUGAAGGUGUUUUAAACACCUUCACCUUCAGUUUGGGUCAGAGUAAUAAAGUGUUUACAUCUGUGCAUAAACAUCAGUGUUCGAGGUCAGGUUUUGUGCAUUUGUAAGAUGCUGUGAUACUGUAGUUUAACCAGCAAUAAACAGGAAGUCACUCACUCAAACCACUGACUAGUACUGAUUCAGUGAAUACACAAUGGUAGGUGAGAACAGGCUUGAUGUGUAUAAGCUUGCAGCUCUUUGUAGCGACCAGCUGCACCUCUGCACACUUUCAACAAGAUUCCCCUUGGAAACCUUAAGCGGCUGAAGAGCCAUUUGUGAUCUUGGCCCAGAAAAUCUGUUCACUCUGUAAAGAUGGGUUAUCUUCAAACUUCGCCAUUUGCAAUAUACUUUUAUAACAAUAAUAAUCAUCACAAUAAAAAUGAAGCCAUUGUUGUUCAAUGUAUUUUAUACAGCACUCCAGCAGACUACAAUGCCAGCCAUGAAGUUGGCAUUGGGCUGCUCAGAUUUCCAUGGUCAGUUCAUUGUUGCAUGGACCACAGUGUUUGCUGCUGUUUGUGCAUUCUCAUUCUUUGAACAUGAGGCCCCUGGUUACUAUGAUUUUUAAGCAUGUAGUCUAAUGUUUAUUAAUGUGACACUAUUUUUGGGUUAGGUAAAAGCUUGGGUAAAUAGAGCACCGUCUGCAGGAACAUGCCAGCAAUCAGUGGACCUCCAUGUUGGAAUCAGAUCCUAAUAUCUGUUUUGUUAUGCAACCUGAAAGCUCCUCCUAAACCACCUCUAUUGGACAUCUUAGACGUGCUGAUGGGUGACAGUGCUAACAUGCUUUUAGACCUAAUACUCCAACUGAACACAAUGGCUCUGAUGAAAACAUACGUUUCAGCGUAAUAAACAUGGGCAAUAUUAGUGUCAGUGCUUCCAUCUGAGAAUAUGAAUUAAUGUUCAUAAAAGUAAAGCAGCAAGGCAAUAGGCUGAAAAGCUCACUGUAUGUUGUCAUCCAGUUCUGGAAAAUCCAGUUUCCAAAUUUUCUGACACGGCAAAAAAUCGAUCGAUCCAUGUCACUACCUAUAUUUGUUCAUCCCGAGUCAAAUUAAUUUGGGUCAAAUGAGUCCGAGUUUUCCUUAUCUUAUCUAAGUAAAUGUGUGAGAGAAUUAUUGCAGCAUGUACUUCACAGGUUGUGAAUAACUUUGACUCGUUCGUCUACCACAAACAUAUGCUCUGCUUAUGUUCCCCAUAUAUGUCUUCCCCCAACUUUGCAUCUUUUCCUUGAUGUUUUGGAACUUUUUGCUGAACAAGGCUCAGCUACAUAAAGUCACAUCUGCAAAUAUGUUUUUCUACUGCUUAGAUUUCUUUCUUUUUUCUUGUGAGAUAAUAUUUUAAUAUAACUGAGUAGUUGUUUGGUGAUAACUGUGAAGUACUAUCAAACCAAUGGCUUCCUUCUUAUCAAUCAGUUUCAAAUCAAGUGAACAAUAAUAACGGCCUUGCACUGUUGAUUAGCCAAAAAUACAAGGCUGCAAAUCUAAAGCCACGGACAAAUGGAUACUGUGAAUGUGAUCCCCAUUCCCCUCCAACACACACACACACACAAUCACAGUUAAUAGAGACCUGCCAGUAAAAAUUCCUCCGCAUCAUCCGGUCCUUUCAGCUACAGUACAGUGUAGUCCCCAUUGCCCUUUUAAUGCCUCUGUCCAGGUAGAAGAAUUUUGUUUUGGCUUUUUUCCAAAGGCUACUUAAUGCUUAAAAGCUGUUACAGUAAAAUGUUCUUCUCUCCAUCCAAGCCACUGUUGUAUUUUUUAAGUAAUUUAUUCCAAAGCUAGCCAUAACAUGCGUUGGCAUUAAACCAAAUUUCACAGUCUCACUCAUGUAGGCUGGCUGCAGCUGGUGUAUCAUUCCUGUGUGAUGGCAGGAUGCUGCUUGAGAUGGAUAAACAGUUCAGUUUUCUGUAACGUUGAACAAGGGCCAAAGGGUGAAAAUCUUAGUUUACUCGUCUGUGGGUUGCAACCCCCACCAAGUCAUGAGAUGCUGAUCAUAGCUGAGGAAUAAGAUCCCUUCUGGCUUUAUCUUAGGGGAAAGGAAAAGUAGGUCCAUCAACCAGGGGAAUCUUGUAGUAGAGCUGCUGCUUCUCCAUAUCGAAAGGAGUCAGCUGAGGCAGUCAGGCUUACAAUCAGGACACCUCCUUUUGGAGGUUAUCUGGGCAUGUCCUGUUGGGAAGAGGCAGCCUGCUGUCUGAGGACAGUGGACAAAUUUAAUAAGGCCUUUGUGUCACCAGUUGUUGCAGAGUAUUUUAACUCAGGAGGUCAAAUGUUGGAGAGCUCCUGAUCAUCUGCUGGAAUGUAGACUGUACCUAUCCCAAUAAAAUGUUAAAGAGAAUGCUAUUAGCAGUGUCUUCUAUCCCAUUAUCCCAACUUUUCUCCAGGACCAAGGAAACAAGAAAACUAGGGGUGGACAAAAAUUUUGUUUACUAUUAUUAUUAUUAUCUAGAAAAAGGUACUGUCAUGAUAAGAUUUAUAAUUUAUCAUAACGAUAAAUUGCAACUAUUGAUGACUGCAAACUCUGAAAAAAUAACAGUAUAGUUGAGAAUGAUCAUUUUCUCUAUGUUUUCCUCUCUUGGUUAAUGAAAGCAUCAAUAAAUAUCAAUAUAUUUGAAAAUAUAAUUGAAUCUAGCUACUGUAUGCUUUCAGUGAUACAAUUGCACUACUUAAUGUAACAGUAUACUGCAGUAGCCUAUUUGUAAAUUGGUACAAUUUAUUUAUUAGUUUUUGUGUUUGUGGGGCUGUUGCUAUAUGCACUGACAUACAGUCAUAGCUAUACAAUUUACUGUUAAAAAGACUGCAGAGAAUUUAUUUUCUUGUUAUUAGCACUUUUAUCAUUAUCGCAAUAAACAACAUACAUUUUAGUCUAUAUGGCCCUUCCUUACUAGCAACGUUAUUGACACUCAACUUUUCUGCAUACCUUUUGUUGCAAUAACACACAACUCCUCUCAUUAGCACAACUACACAUCACGAUGGCAACAACCAAAAUAAUUCAUUUAGUAAGUUAAUUAAAACCUGUACUGAAUACACAUUCUGUAUAUACUGUAUAUUGUUUGUUGUUUCUGACUUGAACUAGAGUAAGUUUUCCACAUGGAAGUUGAGUCAAACCUGUCACAGGAAUUCUGCAUAUGGAAGGUUUUUGUAGACCCACUGAUUACUGAUCCAGUCAAACACACAUGGAACAAAGAGGGAAACCAGAACCCGUUUUCACCAGAAAAGAAGACCCAUACAUGACAUUUUGCACAUAAGUGAUCUGUUUUCCCUCUUUUAGUUUAACAUUGUUAGUGCUGAACUGAAAGUGACUCCGAAGCACACAACUGUUCGGAAUAACUUGUGAUUUUGCUCUUGGACACAGUGUGGUCUGUUUUACAGCGUGGUCAAACAUUGAAACUGUUGCUUAGAAGGAUGAUCAUUUUCAUUUCUCUAUAUGACAUUUAACUAUUGCAUACAGAUGUUUCUCAGACUAUCCAACCAAUAACAGGGAAGCCAACUGAUACCGGACUUAUGAGGCACGUUGACGAUUUAUAGUGACUACAUUUCAGUCCAGCUUUUCCAACCACAUUAAGGCUCUGAGGUUAAAAAAAGAUUAACUUACCCAGCAGCAUUUUAAAAAUGCACUUUAAAGAAAGUUUGCCUGUAUGGUCACUUUACUCGCUGGCUUUCCCUAAACGAUAAAUGCAUAAAUAUUCAUGCACUCUCCCUUGGUUGGAUGCAGAGCAUGCCGGCUUUCUUACAAAUGUAAAUCUCAUCCCUCGAUUUGAACCUUUACAUGGACAGAGGGGACCUGUUAGAAUUGCUCUACUUGAAGUUAUCUCUCAGCUUUUCAGUGUCACCCGCCGGCUGUGAUUGUGCAGCAGGAAAAAGGGGAGGAGAGGCAAUGGGUACUGUUACUAAAACAGCGUGACAGAAGAGGGUUAAUACCAUCGAGCUGUGCUAAGAUUGCCCAGCCUCGAGUGACUUUAGGGACUGCAGGCAGUAUUAGACAAAAAUAAUCAUUUUUGCUGUUGCUCCCUGUGUGAGCACACGUCUCAUGUGCCGCACGUUGAUCCCCCCCCCCCCCCAACUGUUCCCCGGAGCUUCUGCAGCCUGCAGUUUUAUAAAACUUUUCAAGUCCUGCGUGGGCAGAGAUUAAACUCUGUUCAAACAGGAAUGUUCUUCAUACAUCUUACAGAAAGUCCAGUGAAAGGGGUGGUAUUGCAGAUUUAACACUGUGACAGAAAAAAAAAUAUUACCAGAAAUGUCAAAGGCGGAAGUGAAAAAGUUGAAGACACACUUACCGUAUGGUGGUAAACAGGGUUGGAAGAGUCUCCUUAACGCUCAUGUACGAUAAGGCGUAUUUCUAUAAAUAUAUAUAAAAGGCAUAUAUUUUUGGCAUUGAUCAUGUAGGCAUAGGUGGUUUUAACUAGAAUAAACAUAUAGGUUGGCUCUCACGUGCAUCCUGGCUGUGCUCAUUAAUGAAUUUGUGUUUUAAAGAUUUUAAUAUGAAGCUUCUCUUGCAGUUUGCUUUUCUUUUGUAUGCUGCACUGAAAAACAAAAAACAUCCUUUUCACAAUUGGUUUGGAAAGCAGAAGAGUCGCCAAUCACUCUGUAACAUGAAAUAAUAUUGUGUACUAAAGAAUUGCUGUUGCAUUUGUUAUAACCUCUAUGUAAUGUUAUUAUGGGAGAUGUAAUGUCCUUCUGUAAAUGUUUAAUGUUGUUUACCUGAAAUAAAAUUCAUUAAUGCUUCA